UAAUUUAUUUUAAUAAUUAAAUUUAAAGUUAAAAAACACAAAUCAUCAAUGAAAACACCCAAAAAAUUGAAGAAUAAAUAUAUCACCAAAUUUAAAAAGACUUUUAAAGAUCUCCAUAAAAUAAAAAGAUUUUUGUUCAGGUUUUUAGGGUGUCUUUUAUUACCUUUGCUUUUUAUUUCAAUUCUAAUCACUGACUAUUUAAAUAUUUACCUCUUGGAAUCUGAAAGAUAAUGGUAAUCAUAUGAAAUAUAAGCCAAGAAUUUUACAGAUUCAGUCAAUGAUUAGUUAAAUUUGAAUCAUAUCAUAAAUGAGAAGCAAAAUUAAUUUAUUUUAGAAAAUAAUUUAAAUUAAGAAAAAGGAUUACAAUUAAAUUAUAUGUAUUAUUAUUAAAUUUUAAACGAUUAACUUUAAAAUUGCUAAAGCCAAAAAGAAGAGUUGAUUUAUGCAUUAUAAGAUUAUUUUUAUGAUAAAAAUUCGGAUCUUCAAAAAGGAUAUACUUUUGAAGUAGAUUAAAAACUCAGAAAUAUAGCUUCAUAUUCUAAAAUAAGAAAGCAACAUCAAUACACAACCUUUGUUUAUGGAGUUUAAACAAAGAAGUUUUAAUCUGUUUUUCUUUUCAAUGAGUAAGAAGAGUUUUAUAAAAACAUAGAUUUCAUUUUAUCAGAUUAGGAUUGGAAAAGAUAAUAUAUAAAACUGAAUGGGAAUAAAGUAUAGAUUCAUAUUGAUUUUUAAGAAGAUUAUGUGAUCAGAGCUAUUGGUAUUUAAAACCUAAUUAGUGACUAUUCAGAUGGUUGUGAAAUAAAUAAGCUCAAAAUAAUAUCAGUAGCUAAAAAUAUAAAUAAAAUUGUGAAUGCUAAUGAGGAUGAGCUGAGAGAUUUAAGUGAGGUUUAUUCACUUUCUGAUAGACAUUAUUAUAAAGUAGACGAAUAGGUGAUUGAGACCUACUAUUUCUAAAUUGAUGAAUUUUUACUGGACCAGCUUUCAAGUGGUCUAAAAUUAGAGCUCGAAAACUCAGGAAACAGUUAAUAUACUUGUAUUUUUAAGAUAAAGAUUUUAGUAUGAAAGACAAUCAAAAAAAAAUUAGUUAAUUAAUUAAUUUAUACAAAAAUGAAUUAUAUUAUUUUAGUAUUGAAACUUUAUGUAAAUUAGUUUAUUUUGUUUUAACAUUUUAUCAAUUCUAUCCGCC